UCGAAUAACUGGUUUUAUUUAUAUAAAUAAUUCUUUCUUUGAAAAUGAGUCUUGUUGCAUAUGAAAGUAGCGAUGAAAGUUCGAAUGAAGAAGAAAAUAACUCUGAGACAGAAAAUAAAAAUAAAAUUACUCCGAAAAUUACAGAUUUAACAAGCGACAAAUUACAUUUACCUAUUCCAAGACAUACCUUUGUACAAGAAAAUAAUGAACGUGUCAUUAACAUAGAGAUAAGCAAGACAAAUGAAUUAUCAGAAAAAAUACACUUUGAUAAGUUGCCUAAGCCUAGAACUUUUGUUAUUGAAACAACAAAUGUUAUAGAAGCAGACGAUAUUCCUAUGGAAAAGGAAAUUAUAUUUGAGAAACCAAUAAAAAAGCAUCGUGCUCCAGUUAAAAUAACAGUACCAUCCUUAUCUGAAUUUGCAGAUGUCACAAAGGAAAAUGAGUUCAAAUCUAAUAAAAUUAAACCAUCGAGUAAAGGUACCAAACUUUUUAUGUUAUUGCCACCACCUAAAGGAAUUGAAGUCAAAAAUAGUAAUAAUUUAGUACCUCGAGUUGUUGAUAUAGCUACUACAGAGACCAAUCGAAUAAAAGUUCAAGCUACUAAAGAUACACAUACAAAAGAUUCAAAUGUAACCAAAGCCACAGAAUUUGUAACAAUAAAAAGUUCUAUAAAUGAAACUAAUGAAUCAAAUUCUGAAGAUGAAGAUGAUACUGUUCAAAGUAGCGAUAGUAAUUCUAUUACUGAUUUCUUUUCUUUAAAAGCAUCUAAUACUGUUUCAAUUUCCACCUUACCAUCUUCAGACUCAUUAAAUACUGACACAAAUUCAAAUAACUUUGAUUCAAAAUCUAAAAGUAACUCCAAUAGAGAUAGUAACUUAUCUAACUACCUUAUUAAUAAUUCCAAUGAAACUGUAAUGGAAAUCUGUAUCAAUAAAUCUCAGAAAACAUUAGUAAGUAAUAUCAUAAAUUUACCAAAAGAAGAAAUACUAUUAAAAAAUAAAACAGAAGUAGGUCCAAAAUUACCAGUACCUGAACAAGAGUAUAAUGUAGAUACAGAAGGUAAUGUAGCCUUCGAUGACAAAGCUAUUGAAUAUCUUUGUGGGAAAAGAGGAGUAAAACGAAAACCUAAAGAAAUCGAAGAAGUAAAUAUUAUAGAAAUAAAUGGAGAAGAUAUUAAACCAGAUGAAAGAGAAUGGUUAGUAAAAGCAUUAACAGAAGAACCUAUACAAAGACCAAUAUCUAUGCAAGGUGGUGGAGUAAGUUCUCAGUCUAAAAAGAAACAUCAAAUAACAUAUUUAGCACAUCAAGCUAAGGCAAUGGAAAUGGAAUUAAAAAAUCAAUGGGCACAAAAUAGAUUAACUAGAAAACAAACACAAUCAAAAUAUGGUUUUUAA